UGACAACGCCUUUAAGGUGUUCCACACAUGCAUCGAAUCGUCCCACGCAUCGCGCGUGGUUUGUGAAGGAAGUUGAGUUCUUUCCGCGCAUCUUACGCGUUUUCCUGAAGGAAAAUGGCUACCAGCUGUCAUUUAAUCGAAAAGUGUAACUUCUAAAGUGAAAGAAUUCUGUGAAGAAUCGUUUAACGUGCAUAAGAUCGUCUGGCGCGAUGCAAUUACAUAACGUUGAAAUCAUUUAGUUGAACGACGCCACUUUUCAUCUACAUGCGGAACCCGUGAAACCUCCUACAGUGCCAUGAAAUUUUAUUCCACUUUACUGUUUACAGUUUUUAUUUUUUGCAAAACGUAUCAGGACUAACAAGUCAACGCUACUUCCACGCUUUUUAAAUAAUUUCAUCACUUCAGUAGUCAUUUUAGGAUCGUUACUGACAAUUUAAUCGUGCUACAUAUUAAAGACUACAAAUUUUUGACCUGACUCAUUAUUUUUGGAGCUCGUUAAUUGCAAAUACGAAAAGCAGCAUGGGUUCGAGCCAACAGUUUUCUCUUAGGUGGAAUAAUUACUUAAAACAUAUUACUUGUGCUUUUGAUACACUGAGAACAGAAGAAGAUCUCGUUGAUGUAACUUUAAGCUGCGAAGGAAAAAGAAUAAGAGCACACAAAAUGCUAUUAUCUGCAUGUAGUACAUAUUUUAGAGAUUUAUUUAAGGAAAAUCCAUGUCAGCAUCCUGUUAUAAUAUUUCGUAAUGUAAAAUUUGAUGAUUUGGCUGCAUUGGUUGAUUUUAUGUAUCAGGGUGAAGUAAAUGUGGUUCAGGAACAAUUAGCUAGUUUUUUAACAACUGCUGAACUGCUUGCUGUUCAGGGCCUUACCGAUGGUACAGGAAAAGAUAAUGAUAGUUUAGUAGAGGAUGACAUAGAAAUUCCUAAUGAACCUGAAAUUCAACUUCAAAAUGCUUCUAGCAAAACAUCAACAGACAAGAGAAAUAAGUCACCUUCAUCCCCAAUGCCUUAUCAUGCUGUUGACUUACAACCUGAUGCUCCACCGAGCAAAAGACGAAAAUGUAGAGAAAAUGCAAAUACAAAUGUGGAUAAAACUAUAAGUAAUGCUUUAUCUUCAAAAGAUUCUGAAAAUAAAACUUCCGAAAAUCAAUCAACGACUGGUUCGGAUCCUGUUGAAAUAAUACCACUAAUGCCAAAUUUAAAGUUGGAAAUGCCUGAAUAUUUAGUACAAGAUGGAAGUAGCUGUAGUUACGAAGAACAAAGUUUGGGAGACAGUUCGCUAAAUAAGAUUGGUAUAGAAGAUACAUCAUCUAAUACUCCUGAUCAUGAUCAGAAACCUGAUAUCACUCAGACAUUUUAUUCGAGCAAUCAGUCUACUUCAGAUAGCUUGGAUCUCAAACAUCAAACAACUGAUGUUGGGCACUUGCUUUCGAAACCUAGUACUUCUGGAGAAAGAUUAACACAAGAAGCAGUGCAGGAAAGCUAGGAGUACACGUUUCCUUCUUCGGGAAAUAAAUAUCCACGGAUUUCUUAAUUCUCUGAUUUUCGCAAGCUGAUACAUAAUACUUACCCCUUUGCUAUACUGGUAACAUGCGUUUUCGACUUUCAGAGAUGCGAACAGUCACAUGGCGCGUAUGCUUUUAUAUUACUUUCGUUUCUCAUCGUUAUGCUUUUAGUGUAAAGCGAUAAGAAAUCGAAAGAUUUAAUUGCAAUGUGUAACGUUAUUAAAGCGUCUCCGCUCUAUAAAAAUUCUAGUCAAUACUGUACAGUACUUUAAGCCAUUGUUAAUACGUUUCUUUCUCUUAUCGUAUCUUCGCUUACGAUACAAACUUUUAAGUCGACAAUGUUUCAUACGGAUCUCUGUUACGCGCCCGAUUAUUAACACAUUAUUAGCGUUAAAAACCCUCGAUAACUAUUGUGUUCGUAAUAGAACACUGCGAAAUCGAUGAUAAUACAGUUUUUUCGAUAAGCGAUAAUUAUCGACAGUGUGCAGACGAACUUGCAGUUGUGUACAUUAGUCGACAGGCGAUAGAACGUAUGAAAUACAAGAUAUCCAUAUCAUCAAUAGAAGAAUUACGAUAUUUCGAUGCGAGUAACAGGAUGGUCGAGUCAAAUGCGUUGCAUUAGCGUGCAAGUAAUGGCGUUCUUCGAGACUUUUAGAUGCGUAUUAUUACAACUAAAUGUUGCGACUCAGUAGAAGCUAUACUUGUGAGCAGCCGACCGUUUUCCACUCAUAAUGUACUCGAUUCAAAUGAAACAUGCGGUACUCGUCGUAAAAAUCGUUUUAAAUAACAACCUCGAUAUUGAUAUUACACUGACUCUGUUUACACGUCUGUUAUUCGCGUGCUCGAGUUUUCUUUUUCGAUAAGGAUGAACUUAGCUACUUUGAAGGAUCGCAUAGACAGUGCCUUACACACAAUUAUCUAGUUUUACAUUUUACAUAUUAACUUUCCAGAUGUUUACCACAGUUGAACGCGUAUAAGAGAAUAUAAGAGAACUGAAAGUUUUAUUCUUUUCGUCUGUGGCUUCGUGUAAACAUUGUCUCUGUAUAAAAUUGAACGAAACGAUUCGUUCACCGAUAAUCCAUAUGACGAGAAUGUAAUUUUCGAUCGUUUGAUACGGUUCGGAUUGUGUCUCUUAACUCGUUCGUUCUUAUUCGUAUAUUAUUUUCUUUCGCGAUUUAUGAAGUCGAGAAGUGUCGCGUUACCAUUCAAAAGUUCCAACUUUACCGCUUAAGUGUCGUGCGUGUCGCUUUUUUAUAAAUUAAUUUUAUCGAUAAUGCUAAUUAACUUAAGUUAUUUGAUUAUUCUACGCUAUAAGCCUUACGGAAAUUCUACUUAAUCCCCGUGAGUAGAUCAUAUCUAAUGAAAUUCUUAGAAAUAAAUAAAAUUAAAUAAGGGGUAAUUACUCGAUAAUAUUUUAGAACGAUAUGUUCAAGCUUGAAUAUAGUGAAACUAUUGUACGUUAGAUUUGUAAUGCGACACAGCAAAUCUUAAUUAAAAAAUAAUGAACGUAAAGCGUCAUUUCGAUUACGUGCAUCUGAAUGGGAAUUAUAAGAUGUGCUUCUUACUUUAUCCUCGAAUUGAUUGAUUCGCGAGAUACAGGCAUUCCGUUUCAACUAUCGAUACAAAAUUAUACGUAAAGAGAGAUCGAUUUGUCCGAUGAAAGACAUUGUUUAUGCACGAUGAAGCACUUAAUCGUAGAGUUACGCGUAGUUCUAAACAUAGAUGUUCGCUGUUGAGAAUCGCACCAAGUUUCAAGGUAAAGUCGAAGUUUUCGAGAUAUCUCGUAAACGAUCGAUCUGAAUUUAUGCCAUUAACUAAAUAUUAAGUAAAACAUGUACUUGAUUGCAAUGCGUUUUUCUUUUAGAUAUUAAGUAAGAUGUUAGAGUGACAGCGUGAAUUUAUACGAUGUAUAUCGCACGAUAGUUGACGUGUUAAUGAUAGUUUACUAAAUUGGUUUCACAACCAACAAUUGUCUUAUCGUCACAUCGAUUAAAUAAUAUUUAAGCAGCUGUCGUAUUUUAAAGCACACACGCAAAAAAGAACUAAAUGCAUUUAUCAGAACGAUGUGUUUGCAUUAACGAAUUUCAUUUAACAGGUCAUGGGUAGCUUUCGCGAAAGGAACGAUAUACAUAAUAGAUAUCAUGUUUGAGUGGAAACUUUAUUUCAUAAACCCAUGGUUAACCAUAUAUCGUGAACGCGGAACGCACCACGUACCUAGACGAACAAAUGCAAACUGUCUAUAGAUAACAUGAUCAAGUAAUAAUUGCGCCGGUAGUAGCAAGCUUUUCAUUUCGAUUUAAAAACGUGUUACGUAUAUGUAUUAAUUGUGAGCUUGUGAGUUAAAAGUGACAUAACAGUAUGCUUUAAAAUGUUAUUACAGCAAUGUAAAUAAAUCAAUUUACAAUGGAA